AUGAUAAGUGAUAAUGUCAUUGUUCAGAUUAGUGACCAAAUAGUUCAACGGUACAACAAGCAUAGUGUAGUUCAAGAUGACAACGACACUACUCCUACUCCUCCACCUCCUCUAAAGAAGAAGAACAAGAGAAUAUUGGUUGGUAUAGUUGGUGCACCAGGAGCUGGUAAAUCAACUCUAUCUGCAGCACUAUUUACUCGUUUGAAUGAUCAUCAUCAUCAUCAUCAAAUUAAAACGGUGGUUGUACCAAUGGAUGGAUUUCACAUGGACAAUGGUGUAUUGGAGAAACGAGGUUUACUACCUAGAAAGGGAUCACCUCCAACGUUUGACUGUGAUGGUUUCUAUCAUCUAUUGAAUAGACUCAAGAAACAAACACAACAAGAAGAACCAGAGAUUCUCAUCCCACUGUUUGAUCGAAAAUUAGAUGUCUCUAAAGCAGGUGCUGGUAUUGUCGAUUAUCAAGAUGAAAUAUUAUUGGUAGAAGGAAAUUACCUACUAUUAAAAGAUACACCUUGGAAUAGAUUGGCCAAUAUCUUUGACUUUACCAUCUUUCUCCAAGUCGAUCGCGCCGAGUUGGAAAAUCGUCUCAUUCAACGUUGGUUGGAUCAUGGGUAUGACUUGCAAGGUGCAACCAAUCGUGCAAUGUCCAAUGAUAUUCCAAAUGCAUUAUUAGUAUUAUCAAAUUCAAUCAAUGCAGAUUUAAUAAUUGAUAAUAAUAAUAAUAAAGAUUCCAAAUCAUAA